AUGGAUAUCCACAUAUCCGCUGUUGGUCCCGAUCUCUUCUUCAACCUGUUCCUGGGGUUUUUCUCGCAAAUUCAAAAUCUACCCAGCCAUACUCCGUGUGUUCGCCUCUACCAAAUUCUUCAUGUAAGGGUUCCGUUUGAGGCUUCUCUUCGUUUUUUUUUCUCCGCGCGCGAUAUCGAAGGCAUGUGA